AUAAUUUUUCAUUGGUUUUACUAAACGAUCACUUUGUCAUUGGUACUCCUAGGCCGUAUGUGCCAAAUAUGGUUGAGGUGGCGGGACUGCAUAUUCCAGAAACACCUAAACCACUGGCUGCAGAUAUCAACGAAAUGCUUAAUAGCAGCAAGCAGGGAGUAAUUUAUGUGGCCAUUGAUAAAAUGUUGCCUGAUCCCGUAAUGCAAAUGAUUUUGAAACAAUUUCAAGGUCUUCAACAUCUGGUUUUAUGGAAUUCCAAAACUAUGCCUUCACAGUCUUUGGUAAUACCCUCAAAUGUUCAAUUUCGCACAAAUAUCUCCCAUCAUGCCAUUCUCUCGCAUCCAUUGGUGCAUUUGCUGAUCUGCCAUGGAGGCUAUCACAAAGUCAUCGAGAGUAUUUACUAUGGCGUCCCAGUGCUUGGCAUACCCAAUGUCCGUGGCAAUCCUGAGGAUUAUUUUGAUUUCAUUGGAAAGAUGAGUCAUGGCCUUACCCUAAGACAGGCACAUUUCAAUAACCAGACACUACAUAAGGCUUUGUGGGAACUUCUCUUCUCCGAACACUAUAGCCGAGAAGCAAAAUUAAAAUCCUUGCAAUUUCGCGAUCAGCAGAACACACCCUUGGAGAGAGCCACCUAUUGGAUGGACAAUAAUUUUAAUGUUUAUACCAUAUUUGACUCUGAACAUAUGUUUAAGAUUAGUAAAAAUAUGUUUCUAUAA